AUGGACGACGACAAGGACGACAACGACAACGACAACACGUUACGUCAACGGACGACAUCACUGAUCAGCUCUGAUCAGAGCAUGUGGGGAAGGAGUCCAGCAGAAUCCAUUGGAAUUCCAUUCAGAAUCCGGCAGAAUCCACUGGAAUUUGAGAUUCCUACCAUUCCGGCAGACUCCGGAUGGAAUUCCGACAUUCUAUGGGAGUCUGCUGGAGUCCACCAGAACUCAUGGGGGAGGCAAAACUUUCGUUUGGAGCUUCGUAUGGUCAACCAGCAAGUUUUACCGGCAAAUUGGGCCUCGCAGGAAUUGGUGGCAGUUCAAGAUGAGUUGGUUUGGAGGACUUUCCCCGAGGACGAUGAUGGAUAUAUUGUUGGGAGAUUGCCAGAGACCAAUGUGGGACUCGUCGCGGAGAACUGGAGGGAUCAGGCAAGGAAAGUUUUGGGGUCAGAUAAGAGUGCCUUGUCUGUGAUCGACAUUCUGCUUUCUUCCCCCUUCUUUGUGUGUCCUUCACUCAGCCAAGUCAUCAUGUCAAUGUACAAGAAAAAACCAGCUAAGUCUUUGCCACCAGAAAAUGCUGGCCUUUUUCCUGUAAACACUGCACCCAAAUCCUUGAAGGCCCAUAAAGCUGUUAAAGGAAAUCUGUACACACCAGCUGGACAUUUUGUCCAGCCCUUUAAGCCUGGGGUUUCCAAGAAAGCAGACCCUUUUCAGCCACUGGCAACAACUCUUACCUUUGAAAAUGAAGGUGAUACUGUCCACUUACCAGGCAAAAAGCAGAAACAAUUUCAGCAUUGGGAAACCGAGUUCAUUCUCGAAGUCACUGCUCUGAUUGUGGGUCAGGCAGACAGUUGA